ACUGAGGAUUACUCUCUGACCCCGCGUCGCGCGCUGUGAUACUGUGUGUGUGACGAUAGUCGUGUUUUAAAUCGUGAGAGGUCCCCAUGAAGCGGCUGUCAUGCGCAUAGCGACACUGAUUGCACUCGUGCAGCUGUCGCUCGCUACAGCUGUUUCAGACGAGAAGACACUUACAGCAGCAGAGCUGAACUUCCAUUUAUCUGGAAACAAUGCUCUCUCCCCAUUCUACUCCAGUGAGAGUGAUGAGACCGGUGUGAACUUCGUCCGAGGUUCCCGUGCUGUGGACACACCCCUCUCUCCGGAUAUCGAUGUGCAAUGUUCGGCUGACUACAUUGAUGUCACUGUUGAAUUUGCAGAUAUCUUUGAUGGCAUAAUUUACAGUAAGGGAUAUUUAAAUGACGCCAAAUGCAAAUAUGUUUCGAUUGGUGGUAGUCAAUCGCGUUACUCCUUCCGAGUGCCAUUGAAUGGAUGUGGUUCCAGACCUCUGUGUAACGCGUGUGGUACUGUUGACAAUGUUCUUAUCUUCCAAACCGAUGACUUUGUGCAGGGCCCCAACGACUUUGCGAGAAAGGUAUCCUGCGCCAGCACAGCGCUGGAAGUAUCCACCGGGGUCAAGAAAGAGUCUUCACACGUCCUCAAACUAAAACCCUUUAUGGUUGAUAUGCUCGAUGUGGUCGCAGUACCUGGACCUACUGGUGGCAUUGAGUGCUGGAUGGAUAUUCAAAUAGGAGUAUUUCCUAAUACAACUCCCUUGGAAAACUCUAUCAAGAUUGGAGAGUAUCUCACCAUACUCAUAUAUCUCAAAGACGUAAGAAACAAGUUCAGCUUAAAGGUACACGACUGCUGGGCCUAUGAUAAUGAAGACUACGACAGUCCUCAAACAAGCAAAAUACAGCUCACUGACAAAGAAGGAUGCCCCAAAAAGAAGAAGUUGAUUGAUUAUUGGCAAACAUCAACGAAUACUGGCAAGAGUGGUGCCACUGUAAUCACGUACAGUAAAGUCAGUGCCUUCCGCUUUCCAGAAACCGACCAAGUCUAUUUAACAUGCAAUGUUGAGCUGUGCACAAGUGACUGCCAGUCAAACUGUGGGAGGGUCAAUGAAAAAACAACAACUUUCAGACCAGAAUUUAAAUGUUACCCCGGUUCCAACGAUGCCAGAUGUAAAGUAACAGCACCUCCACAAAUAAUAUGUGGACCUGAUUCUACAGACUCACGAUGCCCAAAGCCAACAACUCUAUCACCUCCUAGUUGCUUCUCUGGGAGCCUUGACCCACGUUGCCCUUCACCAACUACUCCUAAAGCACUUAGAUGCUUCCCUGGAAGCAGCGAUCCUCGUUGUCCACAACCUUCUACACCACAGCCACCUAGAUGUUACCCAGGCAGUUCCGAUCCACGUUGUCCUCAACCUACUACGCCACAGCCUCUAAGAUGUUUCCCAGGCAGCACAGACCCACGUUGCCCCAAACCUACUACUCCAGAAGCACCAAGAUGUUACCCCGGUAGUACAGAUCCACGUUGUCCCCAAACUACUACUCCUGAAGCACCAAGAUGUUACCCGGGCAGUUCCGAUCCACGUUGUCCUCAACCUACUACGCCACAGCCUCCAAGAUGUUUCCCAGGCAGCACAGAUCCACGUUGCCCACAACCUACUACUCCUGAAGCACCAAGAUGUUACCCGGGCAGUUCCGAUCCACGUUGUCCUCAAACUACUACGCCACAGCCUCCAAGAUGUUUCCCAGGCAGCACAGACCCACGUUGCCCCAAACCUACUACUCCAGAAGCACCAAGAUGUUACCCCGGUAGUACAGAUCCACGUUGUCCCCAAACUACUACUCCUGAAGCACCAAGAUGUUACCCGGGCAGUUCCGAUCCACGUUGUCCUCAACCUACUACGCCACAGCCUCCAAGAUGUUUCCCAGGCAGCACAGAUCCACGUUGCCCACAACCUACUACUCCUGAAGCACCAAGAUGUUACCCGGGCAGUUCCGAUCCACGUUGUCCUCAACCUACUACGCCACAGCCUCCAAGAUGUUUCCCAGGCAGCACAGACCCACGUUGCCCCAAACCUACUACUCCUGAAGCACCAAGAUGUUACCCCGGUAGCACCGAUGCACGUUGUCCUCAACCUACAUCUCCACAGCCACCUAGAUGUUACCCAGGCAGUACAGACCCACGUUGUCCAAAACCUACAACACCCAAACCAAUUUGCUAUCCAGGCUCCCCAGAUCCCAGCUGUCCACAGCCUUCAAGUAUAGCAACCUUAACUCCAGCCACGUAUCUACCUCCAUCAACAACAGAAAAGCUGCAAUGUUUCCCAGGCAGCAGUGACCCGCGUUGUCCUCAACCUACCACACCCGCCCCGCCAAGAUGCUUCCCAGGCAGCACAGACCCACGUUGCCCCAAACCUACUACUCCUGAAGCACCAAGAUGUUACCCCGGUAGCACCGAUGCACGUUGUCCUCAACCUACAUCUCCACAGCCACCUAGAUGUUACCCAGGCAGUACAGACCCACGUUGUCCAAAACCUACAACACCCAAACCAAUUUGCUAUCCAGGCUCCCCAGAUCCCAGCUGUCCACAGCCUUCAAGUAUAGCAACCUUAACUCCAGCCACGUAUCUACCUCCAUCAACAACAGAAAAGCUGCAAUGUUUCCCAGGCAGCAGUGACCCGCGUUGUCCUCAACCUACCACACCCGCCCCGCCAAGAUGCUUCCCAGGCAGCACAGACCCACGUUGCCCCAAACCUACUACUCCUGAAGCACCAAGAUGUUACCCUGGUAGCACCGAUGCACGUUGUCCUAAACCUACUACUCCAGAAGCUUUAAGAUGUUACCCGGGCAGUUCUGAUCCACGUUGUCCUAAACCUACGACGCCAGCCCCGCCAAGAUGCUUCCCAGGCAGCACAGACCCACGUUGCCCACAACCUACUACUCCUGAAGCACCAAGGUGUUACCCCGGUAGCACCGAUGCACGUUGUCCUCAACCUACAACUCCACAGCCACCUAGAUGUUACCCAGGCAGUACAGACCCACGUUGUCCAAAACCUUCAACACCUGAAGCACCAAGAUGUUACCCCGGUAGCUCUGAUCCACGUUGUCCUAAACCUACGACACCAGCCCCGCCAAGAUGCUUCCCAGGCAGCACAGACCCACGUUGCCCCAAACCUACUACUCCUGAAGCACCAAGGUGUUACCCCGGUAGCACCGAUGCACGUUGUCCUAAACCUACGACACCAGCCCCGCCAAGAUGCUUCCCAGGCAGUACAGACCCACGUUGCCCCAAACCUACUACUCCUGAAGCACCAAGAUGUUACCCUGGUAGCUCUGAUCCACGUUGUCCUAAACCUACGACACCAGCCCCGCCAAGAUGCUUCCCAGGUAGCACAGACCCACGUUGUCCCAAACCUACUACUCCUGAAGCACCAAGAUGUUACCCCGGUAGCACCGAUGCACGUUGUCCUCAACUUACAACUCCACAACCACCUAGAUGUUACCCAGGCAGUACAGACCCACGUUGUCCAAAACCUACAACACCCAAACCAAUUUGCUAUCCAGGCUCCCCAGAUCCCAGCUGUCCACAGCCUUCAAGUAUAGCAACCUUAACUCCAGCCACGUAUCUACCUCCUUCAACAACAGAAAAACUGCAAUGUUUCCCAGGCAGUAGUGACCCGCGUUGUCCUCAACCUACCACACCCGCCCCGCUAAGAUGCUUCCCAGGCAGCUCAGACCCCCGUUGCCCCAAACCUACUACUCCUGAAGCACCAAGAUGUUACCCGGGCAGUUCCGAUCCGCGUUGUCCUCAACCUACGACACCAGCCCCGCCAAGAUGCUUCCCAGGCAGCACAGACCCACGUUGCCCCAAACUUACUACUCCUGAAGCACCAAGAUGUUACCCUGGUAGCACAGAUGCACGUUGUCCCCAACCUACUACGCAACAACCACUUAGAUGCUACCCAGGCAGUACGGACCCACGUUGUCCCCAGCCUACUACGCAACAGCCUCCAAGAUGUUUCCCAGGCAGCACAGACCCACGUUGCCCUAAACCUACGACACCAGCUCCACCCAGAUGUUUCCCGGGCAGCACAGACCCACGUUGUCCCAAACCUACUACUCCUGAAGCACCAAGAUGUUUCCCGGGCAGCACAGACCCACGUUGCCCGAAACCUACGACACCAGCUCCGCCCAGAUGUUUCCCAGGCAGUAUAGACCCACGUUGUCCCCAACCUACUACGCCACAGCCACCUAGAUGUUAUCCUGGCAGUUCAGACCCACGUUGUCCACAACCUACAACACCCAAACCAAUUUGCUAUCCAGGCUCCCCAGAUCCCAGCUGUCCACAGCCUUCAAGCAUAGCAACUUUUACUCCAGCCACGUAUCUACCUCCAUCAACAACAGAAAAACUUCGAUGUCUACCAGGCAGCAGUGACUCACGCUGUCCUCAACCUACCACACCAGCCCCGCCAAGAUGCUUCCCAGGCAGCACAGACCCACGCUGCCCUAAACCUACUACUCCUGGAGCACCAAGAUGUUACCCCGGUAGCUCUGAUCUACGUUGCCCUCAACCUACUACGCAACAGCCUCCAAGAUGUUUCCCAGGCAGCACAGACCCACGUUGCCCUAAACCUACGACACCAGCUCCACCCAGAUGUUUCCCAGGCAGUAAAGACCCACGUUGUCCCCAGCCUACUACGCCACAGCCACCAAGAUGCUUCCCAGGCAGCACAGAUCCACGUUGCCCCAAACCUACUACUCCUGAAGCACCAAGAUGUUUCCCAGGCAGUAAAGACCCACGUUGUCCCCAGCCUACUACGCCACAGCCACCAAGAUGUUUCCCAGGCAGCACAGACCCACGUUGUCCCCAACCUACGACACCAGCUCCACCAAGAUGCUUCCCGGGCAGCACAGACCCACGUUGCCCCAAACCUUCUACUCCUGAAGCACCAAGAUGUUACCCCGGUAGCACCGAUGCACGUUGUCCUCAACCUACAACUCCACAGCCACCUAGAUGUUACCCAGGCAGUACAGACCCACGUUGUCCAAAACCUACAACACCCAAACCAAUUUGCUAUCCAGGCUCCCCAGAUCCCAGCUGUCCAGAGCCUUCAAGUAUAGCAACCUUAACUCCAGCCACGUAUCUACCUCCAUUAACAACAGAAAAACUGCGAUGUCUCCCAGGCAGCAGUGACCCACGUUGUCCACAACCCUCUACACCAUCUCCGCCAAGAUGUUUCCCAGGUAGCAUAGACCCACGUUGUCCCAAACCUACUACUUCUGAAGCACCAAGAUGUUACCCCGGUAGCUCUGAUCCACGUUGUCCUAAACCGACGACACCAGCUCCACCAAGAUGCUUCCCAGGCAGCACAGAUCCACGUUGCCCCAAACCUACUACUCCUGAAGCACCAAGAUGUUACCCCGGUAGCUCUGAUCCACGUUGUCCUAAACCGACGACACCAGCCCCACCAAGAUGCUUCCCAGGCAGCACAGAUCCACGUUGCCCCAAACCUACUACUCCUGAAGCACCAAGAUGUUUCCCAGGAAGCACAGACCCACGUUGUCCCAAACCUACUACUCCUGAACCACCAAGAUGUUACCCUGGUAGCACCGAUGCGCGUUGUCCCCAACCUACUACACAAAAGCCACCUAGAUGCUUCCCAGGCAGCACAGAUCCACGUUGCCCCAAACCUACUACUCCUGAAGCACCAAGAUGUUUCCCAGGAAGCACAGACCCACGUUGUCCCAAACCUUCUACUACUGAACCACCAAGAUGUUACCCUGGUAGCACUGAUGCGCGUUGUCCCCAACCUACUACACAACAGCCACCUAGAUGCUACCCAGGCAGUACGGACCCUCGUUGUCCCCAGCCUACAACGCCACAGCCACUUAGAUGUUACCCAGGCAGUACGGACCCUCGUUGUCCCCAGCCUACAACUCCACAGCCACUUAGAUGUUACCCAGGCAGCACCGAUGCACGUUGUCCCCGACCUACAACUCCACAGCCACCUAGAUGUUACCCUGGCAGUUCAGACCCACGUUGUCCAAAGCCUACAACUCCCAAACCAAUUUGCUAUCCAGGCUCCCCCGAUCCCAGUUGUCCACAGCCUUCAAGCAUAGCAACCUUAACUCCAGCCACGUAUCUACCUCCAUCAACAACAGAGAAACUGCAAUGUUUCCCAGGCAGCAGGGACCCACGUUGUCCCCAACCUACUACUCCACAGCCACCUAGAUGUUACCCAGGCAGCACAGACCCACGUUGUCCCAAACCUACAACUCCUGAAGCACCUAGAUGUUACCCCGGUAGUUCUGAUGCACGUUGUCCCCAACCUACUACUCCACAGCCACCUAGAUGUUACCCAGGCAGCACAGACCCACGUUGUCCCAAACCUACAACUCCUGAAGCACCUAGAUGUUACCCCGGUAGUUCUGAUGCACGUUGUCCCCAACCUACUACUCCACAGCCACCUAGAUGUUACCCAGGCAGCACAGACCCACGUUGUCCCAAACCUACUACUCCUGAAGCACCAAGAUGUUACCCUGGUAGCACCGAUGCGCGUUGUCCCCAACCUACUACGCAACAGCCACCUAGAUGUUACCCAGGCAGCACAGACCCACGUUGUCCCAAACCUACAACUCCUGAAGCACCUAGAUGUUACCCCGGUAGUUCUGAUGCACGUUGUCCCCAACCUACUACUCCACAGCCACCUAGAUGUUACCCAGGCAGCACAGACCCACGUUGUCCCAAACCUACUACUCCUGAAGCACCAAGAUGUUACCCUGGUAGCACCGAUGCGCGUUGUCCCCAACCUACUACGCAACAGCCACCUAGAUGUUACCCAGGCAGCACAGACCCACGUUGUCCCAAACCUACUACUCCUGAAGCACCAAGAUGUUACCCCGGUAGUUCUGAUGCACGUUGUCCCCAACCUACUACUCCACAGCCACCUAGAUGUUACCCAGGCAGCACAGACCCACGUUGUCCAUCUUCCACACCCACGCCAAGUUCUUGCUACCCUGGAUCAAAGGAUCCUAACUGUCCUCAACCAUUUGCCCCAAGUAGUACAAACCCACCUCAAGAUUAUCUUCCUCCAGUUAUGAUG